AUGGAACCAUCAAAAGUUAAAGAACGUUAUCAUGCAUCGAAGCUGCAAGGACCAACGCGACCAUUGACACGCUGUGAUUCAACCGACCUCAUUCCACAAAUUAUUCCACAAAAUCAAGGCAAUGCACAUAGUAAUAUAUGUUUAAAAGCACCAGAAGUUUUAUUCGAUAAUCGAACUACCUAUUUUCAUGGUAUUAAUGAUGAUCAAGAUCGACCAUUAUCAGCACGAGUUUCUUCGGCAAAUGUUUCCAGACAAAUGUCGAAUAUAUUUUUAAAUGACUCGAAACUAUCAUCAACAGUGAACAGUCCACUUCAUAUAAGAUUCCGUUCAAUUGAUUUAUCUGAAUUUAUACCGUCUAAGGAUGGUAGAAUGCGAACAUAUUCCAGUGUGACAAGCUCAAAAAGCAUAGAUUAUUGUAAUUUAUUAUCGGAUGAAUUAAUUUUAACAAUUCUAAAAUAUCUUCCUCGUGCAUCAUUAGCUUGUAUGGCUCAAGUCUGCCGCCGAUUACGUUCUUUAACUUAUGAUCCAAGUUUAUGGUGUCGUGUUGACAUGUCUCGAAAACAUAUUGAAAGUUGUUAUUUACGUGAUGUGCUUUUGCGUGGUACAAUUAUUCUUAAAAUGUAUCAAACUACAGUUCAUGGAAAUUCGAUUUAUUCACCGAAUCGUAAUACUUGGUUUACAAAACUUCAAUUUCUUGAUUUAACUCUCGCAACAAUAACGCCCGAUUGUUUACUAAGUUUAAUUAGUGCUUGUCGAUCGCUUCGAAAACUUAGUCUGGAAACAUUAGCGCUGAAUGUUGCGAUUUUCGAAACAUUAGCAUUGAAUCCACAACUUGACACAUUAAAUCUAACUAUGUGUACUGGCAUUGAUCUUGAUUGUUGUUCAAUAUUAACGAGUCAAAUAAAGCACUUACGUUAUUUGAAUUUGGGCUGGACACAAUUGAGUGAUCCAUGUGUCCAUUAUAUAUGUCGAACAAUUCAAUCCAGUAUUGAACAAAUCACAUUAACUGGCUUUCGACAAGGAAUGACUGAUGAAUGUGUUGAAAAUUUAACAAAUCGUGCUAUUCGCCUUCGUGUUCUUGACUUAAGUGAUUCAAGUUUAAUAACUGAUAAAUCAGUGACAAGUGUUGUACGCAACUGUGUUAAUUUGGAGCAUGUAGCAUUUUCACGUUGUUACGCGAUUGCACCAAUUUCGUAUGCAUCACUGAAACAAAUACGUCAUCUAGCUUCAUUGGAUAUAUUUGGUGUUGUUGAUGAACGUGGUUUACAAAAAUUGAAUACCUUACUUGGUCCAUCCAUUAGUUUAAAUCAACAACGUUUUUCAUACGUUGCUCGACCUACUUACGGUUUACGUCGAACGUCCAUUUGGGGUUUGCGAACUCGUCCAUAA